AAACUACUGCGCAGCUUCUCUCUCCUCUCUGAACCCACCAAAGUGCGCCAAAACCCCGUCGUUUAUUCAGUUUGUCGAUAUUCGCUGGGACAACCGAUUCGUGCAUUUCCAUCUUCUGAGUCCAAGACAGAACUCUGGGGCACUUGAUGAACUUGACUGAUAACUGAUUCAGAUCUCUGAGAAUUCUUUCUCAUUUGAGUUAUUUGUCGAAAUAACUGACUGGAAUAAGUCAUUUUUUCCCCUUCAGCCCCUCACAAUCGUUAACUGAAUAAGCAUGGCGAGUGCUCUGCAACUCUGUGGGGCUAAGAACACCUUCUCCAUUGCUCCGCGUAGUUUGCAUUGCCAGCCUCUGUUAUCGCGGCGAAUUUGUUUUGCCGCAUCUGUUUCUGGAUUAUGUUGUAUAAGAGGAGUAUCAAGGGACCGGGUGUCAUUCAGUGUCAGCUGCAAAGCUGCUAAAAGUGAUUUACUUGAGAAGGAUGAGACUGAACACCCGAAAUUCUCUGAGACGGAAAAAAACUUCACGAGCGUCAUGAAGUUUGGUGGCUCAUCUGUUGCUUCUGCAGAGAGGAUGAAAGAGGUUGCUAGCCUUAUUCUAAGCUUUCCAGAAGAGAAUCCUAUAAUUGUACUCUCUGCGAUGGGAAAGACGACUAACAAGCUUUUAUCGGCUGGAGAAAAAGCCGUCAGCUGUGGUGUUGCCCGUGCGUCAUGUAUUGAUGAACUCAGCUUUAUAAAAGACCUGCAUCUCAGGACUGUGGAUGAGCUUAAAGUGGACAGAUCUGUUAUUGCAAAUCAUCUAGAAGAACUGGAGCAACUUCUGCAGGGUAUUGCUAUGAUGAAAGAGAUGACUCCGCGGACUAAAGACUAUUUAGUUUCAUUUGGAGAAUGCAUGUCCAGUAGGAUCUUUGCUGCGUAUCUUAAUAAAAUGGGUGUUAAGGCUCGCCAAUAUGAUGCAUUUGAGAUUGGUUUUAUUACCACUGAUGACUUUGCAAAUGCGGAUAUUCUGGAAGAAACUUACCCGGCUAUUGCCAAGACAUUAUGUGGAGAUUGGGCUUCUGACCCUGCUAUACCAAUUGUAACAGGCUUCCUUGGAAAGGGCCAGAAAUCAUGUGCUGUAACAACACUGGGUCGAGGGGGUAGUGAUUUGACGGCUACAACAAUUGGUAAAGCACUAGCGUUGCCUGAAAUCCAGGUAUGGAAAGAUGUUGAUGGUGUUUUAACCUGUGAUCCAAAUAUAUGCCCACAAGCAAAACCUGUCCCAUAUUUGACAUUUGACGAGGCUGCUGAACUUGCUUACUUUGGUGCUCAGGUCCUGCAUCCACAGUCUAUGAGACCUGCUAGAGAAGGUGAUAUUCCUGUUAGGGUUAAAAAUUCUUACAAUCCAAAGGCUCCAGGUACUGUCAUCACCAAGACAAGAGAUAUGAGCAAGGCAGUACUGACUAGCAUUGUCUUGAAGGGUAAUGUGACUAUGUUGGAUAUUGUUAGCACCCGCAUGCUUGGCCAGUAUGGCUUCCUUGCUAAGGUCUUUUCAAUUUUUGAAGAUUUACAAAUAUCAGUGGAUGCUGUAGCUACGAGUGAAGUCAGCAUUUCCUUGACAUUAGAUCCAUCAAAGCUAUGGAGCAGAGAGCUAAUUCAACAGGCAAGUGAGCUUGACCACGUUGUUGAAGAACUGAAGAAAAUUGCUGUGGUAGAUCUCCAACAAAAUAAAUCUAUCAUUUCUCUCAUUGGAAAUGUUCAGAGGUCAUCAUUGAUAUUAGAGAAGGCAUUUCUUGUUCUCCGAACCCUUGGGGUCACUGUUCAAAUGAUCUCUCAGGGCGCGUCCAAGGUUAAUAUCUCGUUGGUUGUAAAUGAUAGUGAAGCAGAGCAGUGUGUCAGGGCUCUCCACGCAGCUUUCUUUGAGAGUCAACAAUCUGACUCUGAUUUGGAGAAACAGUACAAAUAUGGAAAUGGUUCUGUUCCUGCAUCAUCAUAGUCAGCGCUGGAGAGCCCCCUCGUAGAAAUAUACAUCAUUCUCAGCUUAUCAAUAUUAACUUAGCAUGUUCUCGCCCCCCUCUGUACGAUUGAGACGCAGGUGGGUUGGUAGGAAGUCAUCGGCUAUAUAAGUUCUUGUUUUGUGCGAUUUGACCGUUGUAGUCUUUGGUAGUCGCCUUCAAGGGGUUGGCCGGUAGCCCUUCAUUAUUUAUUGUAUUUAAGGAGGGGAAUUUUAGGCCAUAUUACCUAUAGCUCGCUCUAAACCAAUAGAAUUUUGGUUUUGAAGAAAAGUUAAUAUAGGCUAUUAUAAACAUGUGAGCCAUGUCGGGAAGUUCUUGUAGCUACUUCUCAAGAGUUCCCUUUAGGUCAGAGAUGAUCAUGGUCCUUGUGGAAUGAGUACAACGAGGUUUUGAUGUGAUUGAAUAAACCAAUCGGAGUCGAUUUCAAGCCAAGAGUUGUAUUCGGCAAUAGGGAUACAUACAUGUUUGAUUGCUAUUCUACAAAUUUUGGAUAUCUACAUAAAUUCAGGCUGUGAUGGGUGUUAGUAUUAUUAUACUUGGAAAUAUUCCUUGUUGAAA